AUGGUCUUGAAGUUUUUGAGAAUGGGCAUGGUCACCUUCUUCUUAUAUUCUAUCGUCGCUGUACCAAUUUUGUUUCCAAUUAUUACAAUCAAUCAGGGAAAUUUGAGUGGUCUAAACUAUCUUACAAUGGGUAACGUCAUAGACGAUAAUCGUCUAUGGGCACACUGCAUAUUAGCCGUACUUUUAGCGAUUUUGGUAUGGUAUUAUACCUUCCGCGAAACAAAAAUAUAUAUCAAUUUAAGGAGAAAGUAUCUCCUCAGCUCAGCUUAUGCCGACACUGUUGCAGCUCGUACGCUUUUUGUACCAUCCAUUCCCAAAGAUAUCAACACUGCCGAUGAAUUGGAGAAGAUCUUUAACAAAUUUCCCGGAGGCGUUCGACGCAUUUGGCUCAACAGAAAGUUAGGAGACCUUCCCAAACUUGUGCAAAAACGACAAAAAGCGGCGAUCACUCUGGAACAUAAACUCACCAAAGCAAUUUUGGCCACGUAUAAUCAUCGAAUGAAGAACAACGGCAAUAGGAUUAUGGAAGAGGAAGAAGGAGUAUCUGACGUCGGCAUUCCACAAAAAUUUCGACCUACACAGCGCGAUAACGCAUUUUGUAUCCCUCUACCUUGCUUUGGCGAGAAGGUAGAUACGAUUAGAUAUUACCAUAAUCAAAUUAAGAAAUUGAAUGACAAAAUUACUACCAAACAAGAAGAUGCACACAACUUAAAACAGGUCAACUCUGCAUUUAUCGAGUUCAAUCAACAAAUUGCUGCCCAUAUGGCUGCCCAAUCUUUAAUGCACAAAAGAGCGAUGGAAAUGGCACCUCGCUAUAAUGGCAUCGCGCCUUCUGAUGUUAUUUGGGAAAACAUGAAUAUUCACUCUUUUGAAAGAAUGUUGCGCCGCAUUGCCAGUAUGUCAGUCACUGCUGUCAUUAUUGCCUUUUGGGCUGUACCUGUUAUCUUUAUCCAGGCUGUUGCAAAUAUCGAUACCUUGUCGAAAGCAUUACCCUUUUUAGCAGGCAUCAAAACCUGGCCUGAUCAAGUCGUUGGUAUCAUCCAGGGUAUUUUACCCUCUGUCGCUUUGGCUAUUUUAAUUGCGUUGGUUCCUAUUAUCUUUAAAAUUCUUUCUACUUUGGAAGGCAUUCCUCAAAAAUCCUUUGUAGAAUUAUCUGUCCUUCAUAAAUUUUUCUUUUUCCAAUUGGUCGAUGUAGUGCUUAUCUCUACACUCUCCGGUGGUUUCUUGCAGAUCACAGAUCAGUUCGCCCACUUUGCUCAAGAACCAUUCCAAAUCAUUAACGUGCUUUCCGAAAAUUUACCCAAGGCUUCAACUUUCUUUAUCACCUUCGUCAUGCUUCAAUCCACCAAUCAAUCCGGCCAGACGAUGGUGCAGCUCGUACCCUUUUUACUGUCUUAUCUGACCCCCUUCUUGAACGGCACUCCUCGUGACAUUUGCAAUUCCAAAAAGACAUGUCCUACCAUCAGCCUGGGUACUUUGAUUCCUGCCCAAACUGUCAUUUUCAUUCUUGGUCUCGAAUACGGUGUGAUUUCCCCUCUCAUUUUACCUUUUGUCCUGUUAUUCUUCAUGCUUCAAUAUUUCGUAUACCUUUAUCAGUUCUUAUAUGUAUAUGAACUACCUUAUGAAACGGCCGGUCGUCAUUUUCCUAGAGCUAUCCGCCACAUUUACAUUGGUCAAAUUAUCUCUCAAUUAACCUUGAUUGGUCUGUUUGCUAUUAGACCAGGAACACAUGGUCAAAUGGGUGUCAUGAUCGCUACCUUGGUAUUCACUUGUUUCGCGCUCUAUUACUACAAUCAUGCAUUUAGACCUCUCUUCAAAUACUUGCCCGUAUCCUCCUUUAAAGACGUUGAUAUGUCCGCUAAGUAUGACUCUGUCCUGGAUGAGGAUGAAAAGUAUUUCACCGCUCACACACAUGAUGAAAAGAUGCAACUCAUGAAAAGCGCAGAACCUCUCACUUCCCAACAAGAUUCAGAUAAUAGCAAUAGCAGCGAUGAGAAUGUAUAUCACAAGGUUGACUUUACGAAAUUGGCUACCCAUAGUUCGUUGAAAUCGCGUACUUUCCCAGAAGCUUACUGUGCUCGUCGACAGUUAUUGCAAAGAUUGGAAAGUGAACAAAAGAAAGACAUUGAAGAGAUCAAAAAGGACAACGAUAGGAUUAUUCGUACAGCCAAAUCCUUAUAUGAUACAGAAUCUUAUAUGCAUCCAUCGACUUAUUCACCCGCGCCUACCAUCUGGCUUCCUGAGGACGAGCUUGGUAUUGCUCAAAACGAAGUCAAAGAAUUGAAAGCCAACAAUAUUGAAGCAACAACGCGGGGCGCCGCUAUUGAACCCAACAAAAAAGGAAAAGGCCGAGUGACGAUUGAUGAAGAUAGAUUUGUGUAUGCUGACGAAGGUGCACCAGGUGCUAACUCUUCUCCUGGUGAAGAAGCCAAGCUCCACGAUUACGUUCGUGUGCUGGUAGAUAGUUACAAUUUCACUGAAGCAAUCACUAUGUAUUAA